ACGGGUCAGAGGUCGCCCGUCAUGGCCGCGCUCUGCGUCGCCACGGCCGCCGCCGCCUACCUCGGCAUCUCGGCCGCGAUCUUCAGCGCCAUGAGCGGCUCCCAGCCCGAGCCCUACAUGGACGAGAUCUUCCACGUCCCGCAAGCGCAGAAGUACUGCAACGGCUCCUUCCUCGAGUGGGACCCGAAGAUCACGACGCCACCGGGAUUGUAUGCAUUCUCCCUGGGCCUCCUCUCCCCACUUGGCUGGAUGCUGGGGCUGCCUCCCUCAGAGCGCUGCUCUCCUACGCUCCUCCGUCUAACGAGCCUCCUCUUCAGCCUCGGAAACUUCUACACACUCUACCUGCUCACAUGCCGCCUUCACAGUGACACGAAGCUGUCAACGCCACAUCAGCUGCUGCAGGCGUUGUCACUAGCGCUGCUGCCCGUGCUCUACUUUUUCUCAUUCCUCUACUACACGGACGCCGGCUCCACCUUCCUGGCGCUGCUCGCGUACCUCAUGUGUGCGCACGGUCGCCAUGGCGCCGCCGCGCUCGUGUCGCUGCUCGCCCUCUGCUUCCGCCAGACCAACGUGGUGUGGGUCGCCUUCUACGCUGGCACCGUCGUCUGCCAGGAACUGGACAAGGCCUGGGAGGAGCAGCACAGCAAGAAGGACGCGAGCCCGAGCGACCGGCGGUCCCCAUCCCUGUGGCAGAGCUGGCUGCAGUUGCUGCGCUUCGGGCUGCAGUGGUUGCGUUCCCCGGAGUCAAUGUGGCGCGCGCUGGCACCAGCCUGGCCAUACGCGCUGCCGCUCGGCGCCUUCCUGGCUUUCGUGGUUGCCAAUGACGGCAUUGUUCUGGGCGACCGCGCCAGCCACCAGGCCUGCCUACACUUCCCGCAGCUCUUCUACUUCCUCGUUUUUACACUGGCGUUCAGUUCACACCUGCUCCUCUCGCCUACUCGCCUUCGCGACUCCGCGCUCGCCCUCCGCCGGCAUCCAGUGGCAGCGCUCGCCCUGACGGCGCUCGGCUGCCUGCUGGUGUGGCGCUUCACCUACGUGCACCCCUACCUCCUCGCCGACAACCGCCACUACACCUUCUACUUGUGGCGGCGCGCGCUGGGGCGGCAAGCGCUGGCGCGAUUCCUGCCGGUGCCUGCCUACCUAUUCGCCGGCUGGGUGCUGAGUGAGGCUCUGCGCGCCAAGUCCCCGUUCUGGCGCGCGGGGUUCGCGGUGUGCGUGAUGGCAGCAACGGUGCCGCAGCGGCUGCUGGAGUUGCGCUACUUCAUCCUGCCCUACCUGGUGCUGCGGCUCAACGCGCCCGUGCCCCCUGUGCCCCAUCUGCUCGUGGAGGCCGCCCUGCACCUGGCCGUGAACCUAGCGACCGUCCAUCUGUUCCUGCACCGAACAUUCCAGUGGCCCGACAGCGCCGACCUGCAGAGAUUCAUGUGGUGACGCGUGGCGCUGGGGACCGUGGGGGGGUGGGAGGUGAUGAGUGACGAUCGUGGCAUUCCUAGCAAUUCUACAGUCGGGAAAAUUUGCAGGGCAAAUGUUGCCUGUAAUCAUGAUCGUUCAUUCCUCAAUCAGUUCAUGUUCUGUAUUUACAAAGAUGUUGGUAGCUCCCGAAUCUGAGCAAAAAACCCAACACAUUAAUCAAUAACAAAUAGGUGACGUUUUGGCCUAUAGCUCUUCUUCAUAGCACAAAUCUAAACAAUGUGAUCACUAAAAUAACACCACUACCCAAGAUUACGUGGCUCUGUAGGCCAAUCAGUGUUAAUCAAACUCUGCUUUCAUUGGCUUAGACAGAACUCGAUGGUAACCAUGUACCAUUUACGAACCAAGUUGCCACAGCUGCUCGUCGUUAUGUUGCCGGUGGCGACUACUGUAAAAUACCCCUGGUGCAUUGUGGUCUUAGCAGCGACGCACGAACCCAGAGUGGGGAGACGUGACGGGAAUGUCUGCACAAUCGGCACCCAAUUGUUUUGUACUUGAUGCGCUUGUACAUUUUGUGAAUGUAAUGGCAGCUCUUAUUUUGACAGCUGUGGGAAGGAAGUGUUUCGCACUGCUGCUUUAAUUAAUAAAUAUUUGUUCCCCGUACCACGCGUCGCUCGCAUUGUUGAAUAUUGUCGCAGUUCUGCCAAGCGCUCGGCUACAGAAUGACUUUGGCUGUCGUGUUACAGGACAGGUGAUGGAUGAGAGGUGCAGUUGCGGGUGGGCGUUCAGUGUCCUGGUUCCGUCUUCCUCACCCAGUUGGUCUGGGCUUGUUCACAAGAAGGAGUUGUGUUCUCUGUGAAGC